CAGCAUGCCUCAGUAGCUGGCUCCCUUGGGCACUUGGCCCAUCUCUAAAUCUAAAGAAAGCGAGAUGUCCGUUGACAUGCAGGAUUACAGACAUCCUGGGCGUUGUUUAGCUUCGCUCAACUGCCUGCCACUUACUGUACAGGCGCAGAUAACAGAAUGGAUCCCUCCAGUCCGACUUGCAUCUCGAUUCUCCAAUCAGCCCCCUCUGCUUCUCCUCCCCUCAUCUCGUGCGCCAAGUGCACACAGUACACGAGGGACCUGUCACGGUCCUCUUCCGCUGUGAGCCCCUGAACUGCGGGUGCCAGCUCGCCGGCCGCUGGGGCUGGACUGGUCGCUCGGCUGUGUACCCAGGUACCUCUGUGCUUAUUCAUUCAGUCAAACAUUCAGUCCCGUCCCUGCCCUUGCCAGGCUCUGGGUUGGCAGUGGGAGCCCCAAAUUGCCCUCGAUCUUUUCCCGCCUCCAGACCCACGCGCCAACACAGGCGGCCAAGCCCACUCAAGGGGCAGGUACCAGGUACCUCCAAAAAGCCAAAUCCCACCGUCCAAACCCCUGCGCUCACCCAUCUUUUUUUUUCUCUCUACCAAAUUUGACAGGCUAGGCCGCUCUUGGCUCCUGUCCGGCCUCCUUCGCUCGACACUGCUCACCAACUUGGCUUUGCCCCUAAACCCGUAAUCCAGAGGACACGACCCUCCUGCAGAACCUCCCGAGUCCCUUCAUCGACAAUCCUGCCGCCGUCAACUGUUGGCGACGACUCGGCGACCCGCGACUGUCCCCGUCCCGGUGCAUCGGUCGCGACAAUCCCACUCGAGCAACACGUCGGCGAAACGUGCCUUGCAACCCCCCCAAUUAAGCGUGGCAUCAAAUCGCCCUCGACCAACCCAAGCACACCACACCACCACACACGCUCGACCCGAGCUGACCGCGAGUGGCACACGCCGAUUUUUCUUCCUUUUUUUCUUCUUCAUCCUUGGCCGCUUUCUUGCUCCCGCUUCGGCAGCACCCCGUCGCGCAACCUGACCCCUCCGUCGCUCCCGGUUUAUCGGUCGUCCUGAAAAGGCUCGCUAGCGAUAACGAAGGACAAGGCCCGGCCGGUGCUUCGCUCGCGACCAUCCGCUCGUUUUUUUUCUUUUGAAUUUUCUCCCCUCCUGGUGGCACCAUAGGGCUACCCCAACAUAUUGUCGCCAUGCUUCUUCCCAAGGGAGGCAUCAACUGGAAGGCGGCCAGAGGCUCAUUGCCGCCGUCAAGAGCAUUGUUCGCAUUUGUGACAAGAACGAGGUUCCUGCUCUUGGUCGCCAUCUCGGGCCUCAUGCUAUUGCUAUGGCGUGGAAUCAGCACGUCUGCGUCGGAAGUCAAGAGUUUCUACUGCUGGGGCCCCUCUAAGCCGCCAAUGGACAUGUCCAUCAACGAACAGGCUGCGUGGAGCGCUCACCUCCAAACUCCCGUUAUCUUUAACCGCCACAAGCCCAUCGUGGUCAACGCGUCCACCAUUGUCCACCACAACCUAAACCCUGUCAAAUCGACCCCCAAGGCCGCCUCUAACGAGGAGCGCGUUCUGAUUGUGACGCCCCUGAAGCAGGCUGCUCCCUACCUGUCCAAGUACUUUGAGCUGAUCGCCGAGCUUACCUACCCCCACCACCUAAUCGACCUUGCCUUCCUCGUUGGCGACUCGGAGGAUGAUACGCUUGCCGUCCUCUCGGCUGAGCUGGAGAGAAUCCAGAAGCGCACGGAUAAGACGGCCUUCCACAGUGCUAUGAUUGUCGAGAAGGACUUCAACUUCAAGCUGAGCCAAGACGUCAAGGAUCGUCAUGGUUUCGAGGCUCAGGGCCCGCGCCGCAAGAACAUGGGUCGCGCCCGCAACUAUCUCCUUGCCACCGCCCUGAAGCCUGAACACUCGUGGGUCUACUGGCGCGAUGUCGAUAUUGUUGAGAGCAAGAGCUCCAUCAUUGAGGACUUUGUCGCUCACGACAAGGACAUCCUCGUCCCGAACAUCUGGUUCCAUCGCUACAGGGAUGGCCGUGAUAUCGAAGGGCGAUUCGACUACAACUCUUGGGUCGAGUCGGACAAGGGACGGAGGCUUGCGGCUAGCUUGGAUAAGGAUGUUGUUCUCGCGGAAGGCUACAAGCAAUUCGAUACUGGCCGAACAUACAUGGCCAAGAUGGGUGACUGGCGUAACAACCAGGACGAGGAGAUGGAGCUUGACGGUAUUGGUGGCGUGAACAUCAUCGUCAAGGCUGAUGUUCACAGGUCAGGCAUCAACUUCCCUUGCUACGCUUUCGAGAACCAGGCGGAGACGGAGGGCUUCGCUAAAAUGGCCAAGAGGGCAGGCUUCCAAGUCAUCGGCCUCCCCAACUACGUCGUGUGGCACAUCGACACGGAUGAGAAGGGCGGAAACGCAUAAGCUCGGGACCUUCGAGUUUUUUCCCCCCCUGACGCCAGUUCAUCGCUGCCAAGGCCACUAGAAGGCCUUGCGCGACCUGUUGUCUUUUCUUAGUCAUGUUUCGGGCCCAUGAGAGCAUCUUGAUUUUGUCUUCUUGGGCGCUCACCGCCCCUCCCUGCGGUCCUAUUUAUGCCUGCGGAAAUACCCACCCCCAGCGGAGGCUGGAGGCUCUGCGGACCUGGUGGUGGAAGAUGAUUGUUGUACGACUUGGGGCUCACGACACAGACAUAUCGCAUUUACAUGUUCGAAAGCUUGUUCAGAAGGAGUUCUGCGGAUUGGGUUGGGACGCUUCUUGACUAACUUCUUACUCAUUGUUUACUGACUACCUGCCUAUUUUUUACUUGCUACCUCUGCUUCAUCGCACGCAAAUAUCUUUUUUUUCUUGCCGGGUGGGGUGGGUUUGGGCGCAGGCAAGCCGAGAGCGUCGCGGACAGCAUGUGGAAAGUACCAAUCGUUGUCGUCGACGGGACGAGGGUUGGUGGGAGAGAAGUUGUGGCAUCUCCCCUCUCCCUGCUUGUUUAUUUCUUUUAUGCGGAAGCACGACUGAAUCAUUUCUUGUUUCCCUUCUGGUCGAUAUAUGCUCGGUUGGGCUACUCGGGAGGACUGGGGUGGGGGAAGUUGCGCCCUUUUUUUUUCUAUCCUCUUGGCUCGGCGUGUUGCCGGUACUUGUUCUCACCUACGAGAGGCCUUGUAUGGACGGGGUGGCGAGGUGGCCGUUUCUCCGUAUCCCGCUACUUAAUAGACUCUGGUUGUAAGUUCGGGGCUGUCUCGGGUCUGUUGCCGUUGUAUACAGUAGGUAGAGUGUUUAAGUUUUCACUCCUCAUCUUUUGGCGUUUUCUGUGUUUCCACUAGGACGUGGUGAGAGCGUGAUCAAUGUAGACCGCACAUGAUGUGCUUCAAGCGCCGAAUCUAGACGUACAAUACACAGCUCGAGACGUUGGU